AUGGCGGAAAUCCCAGAGGAGUUCACCGAAACCUACGGCUUCCAUCUAGAUAGUCAUAAGGAUGGUGUCAAGUUGUUUGAUGCUCCUGUUGAUUUUGGCAAUUCCAAGAUCGCCUCCCUGCCAUUGAACUUGUUAGCGGUGGGAAACAUCAAGAAAGUGUACAUUGCAUCCAACACGUCCCAGCUUGUCAUUGGCCAUGUCGAGACUUUGGAGGAGGACAGGAAGUACGUCGACCUUGAUCUGAUCACAAUUGUGGGUAUAAGCGCCGAUAAUGAAUAUGUUUAUGUUGUCACGAAUGGAACGCUAAAUAGAGUAUCCACUGACGAAUUGCUUCUGGGUGGACAGACGUUCACUGAAAUAGCGAAAGAUGUUAAGAACUUUAAAGUGUCUCCUACGGUUCCAGGUUUGACUGCUGCCCUUUUGGAAGACGGUACCCUUAAUGUGUUGAAGGAUGACGACACAGUGCAUUCUGUUGAAAAUGUGGAAUGCUUCGCUUGGGACCUAGAAGGAACUGCCAUCGGUGUGGUAACUAAGGAUGAAAUUGCUGUCUACAAGCCUGACGGUGAAAAGCUCUCUUCCUAUACCGUCGAGGAAUCAUACAACGACAUAGCUGCUAUACAUUCUGGACAAUGGCUUCUAAUGAGUAGCCCCUCGCCGGAGGACGCCACAUAUACGCUCCUUUCCAAAGAGGAGUCAGGCUUCAAUACCCUCGAUGUGCCAUUAGCACCACCAUUCGGUGAGGUUGAACGAGUCCAGCAAAUGUACUCUACUCACUUGCAAAACUGGAUCAACGGCAAGACCUUGGCGCUUGUAUCCACUGCACUCGCUACCGAAAUAGCAUCCAUUGAGUACGAUGGUGAAGCAAGUAAGCUAAUUGCUCACGCAAACGACACGGAUCGUGCUGAACUUCCUGUUGACGACGAGUCGGGUGACGAUACUUUGCCAGUCGGUAUGGCGGUAGAUGUCACAGGUACUACAAGAGUUGUAAAGGAACCCUGUCUGGGAGUAGAGGAGGCAAAUGGUGUUUUACCAAGAUUGUUUUGCUUGAACAACAAUGGUAUGUUGAUCGCCUGGGACGUUUUCGAGUCCCGAGAAAUCAAUAACGAGGGUCUCAGCUUGGAGAGAGCACAUCCUCAACUACAAACGGUGGACAUUUCAGCAUCAAAAAAGUCUGAUGCUGUAAGCCUGGGUCCUGCCUCAGUGCCUGUGAAAUCUGACCCAGUCAGCCUGGGUCCUUUCUCUGCACCUCCAGUCGCCAAAGAAACUACCAAGCCUUCAGCCCCACCAGCAUCACCGUUUGGCUCUUCGCAACCAUCAGGUCUGCUUGGUUCAGAAGGAAGCCAGGGAAACGGUUUUGGCCAAUCAGGGUUCGGCAAGUCAGGUUUUGGCAAGUCAGGUUUUGGCCAGUCAGGUUUUGGUCAGUCCGGUUUUGGUCAGUCUGGUUUUGGCCAGUCAGGAUUUGGUCAGUCAGGAUUCGGUCAAUCUGCGUUUGGCCAAUCCGGUUUUGGCCAAAAACAGCAGAUCAAGGGCAGUGGAGAUGUCAAAUCUGGGUUUGGAAGUUAUGCCUCAAAAAACAAUGCCCUCACUGGCGAUGCUAAAUCAUCGCCAUUCGGCAAAACAACCGCAUCGAAUGACAUUUUUGGCUCUCAGAGCACCUCCAACGAAAGCCUGAAACAAUCGAUGUUCGGUGACUCCAGCACGAAGCCAUUUGGCUCAUCCUCAGAAUCGAAGGACAUCUUUGGUAGCUCAUCUAGCACGAAGCCAUUUGGCUCUACGACGGAUGCAAAGCCAUUCGGAAGUGAUGCAAAGCCAUUCGGAUCAACAUCAGGGGCAAAGCCAUUUGGUUCAACUUCAGAUACAAAGCCAUUUGGUUCAACUUCAGAAGCAAAACCAUUUGGAUCCACGACUGAUGCAAAGCCAUUCGGUUCGACCUCCACGAAAUCUAUUUUCGGUAAUCCCACUGAUGCAAAAACAUCUAGUCUGUCUUCAAAAUUGGAGUCAUCCUUUGGUACUUCUUUGGAAUCAAAGCCGCUGGAGGCAUUUUCAAAAGCAGCAUCGGCUUUUGGAUCCUCUGACAAAGCAGCAUCGGCUUUUGGAUCCUCUGACACUGCUAAGCCAUUUGGAUCUUCCAGUACUUCCAAGCCAUUGUUUGGACAAACGACUGAUUCCAAGCCAUUCGGUCAGCUGUCCGAAGUCAAACCAUCCGGAGCACCAUUGUCCCUGUCACCUUUUGGUUCAGCUACAUCUGAGAACGACAAGCCUUCUCUGGAAACGAAGGAGGAAACGAAGCAGGAAACGAAUACCCCCGCCGGCGAGUCAUCCAAAGAACCUCAGAAGCCAUCUUUGUUUGGCCUGACCUCCGCCAACGAAUCGUCUCCUUUUAGCAAACUUGAGGAAUCUAAGCCAUCCGAAACUUCCCAAGAUAAGGAGCAAUCGGAUCUCUCUUCGGAGGUCGACAAGUUGUCCGUCAAGCAGGCUGACGAGAAGGCUGCUUCAGAGAAUCACGAUAAUUCACAGACUUUGGUCGGUAAACCUGUGGAAUCAUAUUCACCAAAAAAGCCAUCUGUGUCUGGAGAGUCCAGCCAGGCAGAUUCCAAAGAAGAGAAGGAAAAAGCAUCACAAUUUGGUGGCUUCAAUGCUCCCACGGACUCAAGUAACGACAAGCAGUCACCAUUCGGCGGCUUCUUUAAACCUGGUCUCUCGUCUCAGACUGAGGGAUCUCAUGAAAAGCCUCCCAUUUUUGGUUCUCAGUCCUCAGACAAGACCUCACCUUUUGCAUCCUUGAAGAGUUCUGAGAAGACACAAGAGGAGGAUUUAUCGAGCGGAGUUGACGAUGAAGCUCCAUCAAAGAGUGAGAUACCAAAACAAUCCUCACCAUUCGAUGUCUUGACUGAGACCCCUGAACAGAAGUCCUCUCCGCUUAAAGACUUCGAUGGUUUGAAAAAGAACCUUCCAAGCGAAGAAGCGCCUGCCUCUGAUGUGUCCUCCCAAGAUGUUUUGAGCUCUAGCGAAGUGCUGGAAAAAGAAGAAGUUUCAUCAGAAAAGGAGGAACCAGCAUCUCCUGGAAUCGAUAAGAGCCAACCGGCAGCAGUUCAAACACCGUUGAAUAAGGAUGCGACACCGGAGACCAAGCCUUUGCCAUCAUCGCGGAGUAGCCCAUAUACAUCAACUCCAUCGAAUGAGUCGCCAUCUACUCUGCUGUCUACCGAGAAGAAGGAACUACAAGUCGCCCCUUCUGCUCCUCAAAAUACCCAAAGUCAGCCUGUCAAGGCUCAAGAUGCCAGACCCCCCUCUCCAGCGGAACUGGUCAACAUUGUGCCUCCAUUAAACGACGUUGAGCUUCGAGUCUUUGGCCGUCUUGGAUCCCAGGAAAAUAAAGGCACACCUGUGGAAAAAGAGAUGCGUUUGGUGUUGCAGACCACCGAUGCCAUGAGCAAGAUUCUCAGGCUUAAUGCGAAAAACUUGGAAGACAGAAUCAAGGCUCUUGAGUACGAUCAAGAUCCAGAAGACUACAGGCGUUUGGGUUCUGCCAACUCUCUCACGAAAGUGGCCUUUACCAAGGUUGUGGAUGGAAGGAGCACGGUGUUAGCAGCUCGUGAGCUCAACAAAAAGUUGGAGACUUUAAUGAAAACUGCAGAAGAGAGCGAAGAAACAAGAAAGCUCUGCGAGCGGUUGGUGUUGCAAAUCGCCAAGUUCGAGAAAUCCUUCACUCCUGAGAACGUCAGAGACCGUCCUCUUGAGGUCAGAGGCGAGAUGCUCAAGACACGUCUCCGUGAGAAGAUGAAAAAAGUGGAAAAGUUGCACGCCGAAGUGCUAGAGAAGCUGACUCCGCUUUUACUUGAGCGCAAAUCAGAUGCUAGUGGGACCACCUUGGUGGAAAGGCUCGAAGAGGCUACUUAUGAGAUCACCUCCAAGAUCAAUCUCUACUUCAGGCAAAUCACCAAAAUUGAAAAAGAGAUCAACGAGCUACAAGGCUCAAAGCUCCUCACGGAUGGAAAGGUGCAGCGCAGAAUUCCAAACGAAAGCUUUCAACAAACCAGAUGGGCGUGGGCCAAGCAGCUCUCGUCCACUACAGUUGUUCAGGACGAACUCUGA